AUGAGUAGUCAUUUAUUAAAUGAUCUACCUACUGGCUGGCACGUAGACCAGGCUAUUGUUACUGAGAAAGAGCGUCUUGUUGUGAUACGAUUUGGACAAGAGAAUGACCGCCAAUGUGUUUUAAUGGAUGAACUGCUGUAUUCCAUUGGUGGUAAAGUAAAGAAUUUUGCAGUGAUAUAUACUUGUGAUAUAACACGGGUGCCUGAUUUUAAUGAGAUGUAUGAAUUGACAGAUCCAAUGUGUGUGAUGUUUUUCUAUGGAAAUAAGCAUAUGAUGUGUGAUUUUGGUACAGGUAAUAAUAAUAAGAUGAACUUUGUCAUAGAUGAUGAACAAGAGAUGAUCGAUAUCUUAGAGACGAUAUUUCGUGGAGCCAGAAAGAACAAGGGUUUGGUAAUUUCACCGUAUGAUUACAAUGACAAACGUGUGGAAGAUUGA